UAUAUAACGGGAAAAGCAUUUAGUCUAAUGUUUGAAAAAUAAACUGUAUGAUUUUUAUAAGACAGACGCUGCUUUAUAUAGCCACGUGACUUUCAUUUUAAUUUUUCAAUGCACGCAGGGCAAAUGACAGAUAAAGAAUUCAGUUUGUAUGCAAAUAACAAUGUUUGUAAUAACUUUAAUUUUAAUGUGCUUUAUCAUAAAUAUUGAAAGAGUGGAAACUUUUGAGAAUGAAUGUGAAAUCUCUGGAAUAAAGGAACAUAUUUCAAAUUGCGUAUUAAAUGGAAAUGCUGUACGCCCUGAGCUUCUGACAUCCGGGAGAUUACCGACAGACACCACCUGCCUGACAAAAUCUCAUGCGGGCUUCACUCGGCAUAGAUGCAAUGGAACUACAUGGGUAAAUUUGCAAGGUGGGGAAGAAAGAAUUGUCCGCUCUAAACGACAUACCAGGGGACUAUUUUGGGACAUCUUCCGUAAUGUUGAAGAAAGGGUGUUUGGAAAAGUUUCAGGCGGACUAAAAUUUGACAGUGAUGUAAGAGAGUAUUGUCACAGAAUGCAUUUGGAUUUGACGCAAAAAGGUUCGAACUUUGUGAGUGAGUCACGUGUUAAAAGAACAGCCGAACCUCUCCGAAUAUAUGCUCAAGCAAGUUGGCCCGAACCGAAAGUCAAAGAUUUUAGAAAAAGAGGAAUAAAACAAAUAAUGAGAUAUGGUCGUCCACCAAACAGCUAUUUCCCAGAAGAUAGAACCACUGUGACCUACGUUGCUAAAAACUGGCACGCUGACAUCUGGUUUUAUAGAGUCCGCAUUGACGUUACAAUCGUCCGUUGUCCUUCAAUCAAUAAGAUUGAAAAUGGUUACUUUCAAUGUCACCCCGUGACAGAAUUUAUCCGUGGAGCUAGAUGUAAAUUCGGAUGUUACCAAGGAUUUCAGCUAAAGGGCACUGAUCAUGCGGAAUGUCAAGUUGAUGGUCAAUGGAGCCCUGCUAAGAUGCCUAUAUGUGAACCUCUUAAAUGCCCUGAUCCUCCAGUUGUCACCGGUGCUGGAGUGCCUUCCUGUACUAACGGUGUUAGUUUCCGCAGUAUAUGCUCGUACACGUGUUCUACACGUGGUUUUGAUAUGCCUCAAGGUGUCAGCAGCGCACUUGUUUGCACAAACUCACGCACAUGGAGAAAGCAUGGUGAACCAAAAUGCGUUGAUAUGGAAGACCCGGUAUUUACAUAUUGUCCAAGCAUGGUAUUGGUCGGUACAGAAUCCGGAUUGAAUUCAGCAAAGGUGACAUGGAGAUUGCCGGAAGUAACGGAUAAUAGUGGACGUGCACAGACUGUAAUACAAACUAACAAGCCGCCUGGAUCAAGGUUCGAUGCCGGCAUAUACAACGUCAAGUACUCUGCAAAGGACGACGCAGGAAACUGGGUUGAUGCUGAAAGAAGAUGUUUCUUCAAUGUACAAGUAAAACAUAUUUCGUGUCACGUGUUAUAUCCAACACCCUGGGUUCAUUUUCAUUGUCCGACUGGGUACCGGAGCGGCUCGUCGUGUAAUGUGACAUGUGAUCCCGGGAAGAAGUUGGUAGGUGCUAGCAGUGUAAGAUGUGAAAAGAGGAAUCAAACCGUGCUGUUCGGAUCCUGGAACUGGCGAAACGGGACUCAAACCACCUGCAAUAGCACAAACAAGUGUGUUCCUCUUGUCCCACCCACAAACGGUGCCGUCGUCUGCGACAACUGGGAAGGCGGGAAAUUCUGUCAGGUACAGUGCAAGAAAGGAACGGAAAUGUCAAGCGUCAGUCUGAAUACAUUAUACGUGUGUAAAUCAACAGAUGUCUGGUCAGAACAUCCACCAGAUAUAAAAACAUGCAGGGUUGUUCAAAAGCGUCGUAAGAGACAUUUUAUAGAUGCGGCAAUAGAAUACUAUUACGAUGGCGAUUGUACAAAUGAAACUACUAAACAAGAAAUAGCUAGAAACUUCAUAAAAGCUCUACAAUCAAACGAUCACUACAAAGAUCUUUGCUCUACCGAUUGCAGCGCAAGUAAUGUUCAGAUUACAUGUGGUGCUUCGAAAAGGCGCAGACGAUCUCAAACUAAUGGCACAAGUGAAGACAUUACGACUAGAUCUAUCAAAUUAAACAUCAAACUCCCAAUAGAAACUCCUGCAGAUGAUGAUAUUGAUACAAUUGAAGAACAAUGUGUAGAACUUCUUAAUAACGUUGAGAUCAUUGUAAAAGAAAAGGAAAGGGAAAUCUUUAAUGAAAUAAUAGUCAGUCAACUGAAGUUUUCAAGCAAUGGUUUACAGACAGUGUGUGACGAAGGAUCAGUAAAAUCAGAGGAAAGUCUUAACUGUAUCGAUUGUCCGGAAGGUACAUUCUACAAGAAAACGAUAGGUGGCGCAGUAUGUCGCGCAUGCGCAAAAGCAACAUACCAAGAUGAAGAGGCACAGACAAUGUGCAAGCCGUGUCCAGAAAGGACAACGACACUUAAUGUUGGUAGCACAUCACCAGAUGAUUGCCAAGAUGCUUGUGAUCCUGGUACAUUUUCUCAAGAUGGACUUUUGCCUUGUUCUCCUUGUGCAGUAGGCUACUAUCAGUCCAUGUACGGACAAUCCAAGUGUGUGCCAUGCCCUGUCUCUAUGACAACAUCCUCAUUUGCUGCUGUGUCUGUAACUGAGUGUAAAAAUUUCGACAUAACAUUCAUACCCGAGGAAGGGUCGCAAGUUAAUCUAACAUUUCAAGACAGUAUUGCACUAAAUGACUUUACUCUGGAUGUUUGGAUACAACUAAAUGACGUUAAUGAAGAAACAUCUGAGAAUGAAAAUACAACUGUCACAUUAGUUUUCUUAAAUGAAAAUAAAGAGGAUAUCUUGAGAAUACCAUUUGAACGAACAGACAUGAACUAUAAUUUCAGUGAUACAUCGACAGAACUUAGAGUACCAGUUCUUGAUUACAGAUGGCACCGUGUAAUAUUGAGAAGCCAUUCAUGCAACAUUGCUGUUUCAGUAGAUAACAAUACUAUAAAUAUAGAUUCUUAUAGCCCUACAUGCAACAAGUUGAGAACAAAGUCGAUUUCAAUAGUAGCAGGUAAUGGUACCAAAGGAAGUAUUUCACAACUUAAUGUUUGGCAUGGAAAUCAAGUUUUCGAAGAGGAACGUAAAUGUUUCAGUCGAGAAGUUGGAAAUGCUCUGUCCUGGAAAAAGUUUGAAGAGGCUGAUCUGAUUGGUGCUUAUAUUAAGGUUCCAAGCCAGUGUGACGAUUUCGACAACUGUGCCGAUUCCCCUUGUUUGAAUGGUAUUUGUCGAGAUAUUCUGAAUGGGUAUGAAUGUCAAUGUAACAAAGGUUUUAGAGGAGUUCAAUGUGAAGAGAAUAUAGAUGAUUGUGUAGUCAACGUUUGUAUCAAUAAUGCAACAUGUAUUGAUGGAAUAGCCAACUAUACGUGCCUUUGUCCUGUUCAUUUCACGGGCCAUCUUUGUGAAAUUGAAAUGGUUGAUGGUAUAUGGAAUGAAUGGAGUAGUUGGUCAGAAUGUUCAACAACAUGUGGACCUGGUACAAAGAAACGGAAAAGACUUUGUAACAAUCCAUCGCCUGAUAAUGGAGGUAAAAACUGUACAGGGAAUGAUUACGAUUUCACUGAUUGCGACAAUCCCAAUUGCACAGUAUGUCCACAACUAGAAGAGCCCGACAACGGUACCCUGAAAUGUGAAAAUGACACUGAAUCUAUUAACUGCACUGUUUCAUGUGAUAACGGAUUCGACUUUGACGAGGAACCUUUAGAGUUAUAUUACUGUGGUCCGGACACAUUCAACGAAUGGAACUUUCAGUCGGGUGAAAAUUCGCAAAGACGCUUACCUAAAUGCGUCGAGAUAAAGGUGCCCAAAGAAAUGAAAUUGAUAUAUAUUGCACAGUACCGUGAUUUGUAUUGUGAAAAUAUUGAAAAGUUGUCUGACAUUAAAGAGAAAAUUGACAACGUUGUACAGGCUGUUGUGAAGACUACGACAUGUAUUGAUAGUAAAUCAUGUGAAAUCAAAUAUGAUGGAGUAACCAACUGUUAUAAUAAAACACAUUGGAAACGCUCAGAACGACAGGCUGGAUUUGGUCUACAAAUCAUUGGCCGUUCAGAAAACAAUACAGAUGAUUUCCUAGCGGACCUCGAGGGUGCGUAUGACAUUAUCCAACAAGCAGCAGACGACGGCAAGUUUACAGUUGAGGCGGGAAAAGAUAUCUUUGAAUUAGAUCUGAAUUCCACUAGCAUCAAUGGUGAAGUUGUGUGUAAACCUGGGCAGAUGAGAAUAGACUACUAUUGUGUACCGUGUGGAAAGGGAGCAUAUUUGGACGUCAAUCUGUGCAGACCAUGCCCUAUAGGGACAUACCAGGACAAGAUAGGACAGCUAGAGUGUGUCAAGUGUCCUCCUGAUAAACUUACCAUUGGUAUACGGUCAACUUCAGUGGACGAGUGUAACGUACAAGAACAGAAAGCUGAUGAUGCUGAUCUCACAGUUGUUUGGACAGUUGUUGGGGUUAUUUUAGGGCUGGUCGCUGUACUUGUUAUCCUUGCACUUCUGUAUAAAGUAUACAAGUCAAGGCGCGGUAACCUUUUGUUCUCAAAACCAGGGAACUUUGAGAUGCAUGUGGCUGAACAUGUACCAGAGAAUUCUAAUGAAGAAAGCUCAAUUCCUAUUCUGCUGCAUAAGAAAGACAUUCAUUCAAGUCAAGAAGAUAAAAUGGACAAAAAGAAUGUUACAGAAGAAGAGAAAGAAGAAAACGAGGAAACUCCGAUGAUAGAAACGCAAAGCGGAGACGCAACUCCUGAUUAACAAAGAGUGAGUGGAGUACCGCACUAAAUGCCGUAUCCCGGUAUACACCGGAUAAGGUGCUUUCAAGAAUGAUUAAAUACUAAAAUAUUAAAAUAUCGCCUUUUCACUCGCCGAAAUGCACUUUAAGACGACUAAUUAAGGUCCUUAACAUUGAUUUAUAUACGAUAAUGAAUGAAAAAUGUAAGAAUUGGCGAAAAAGGUGAUAUUUUCUACUUUUUGAACAUGAUUUCUGCAAGUGUCUAGAGGUACUGCUCCAAACCUGUAGUGAACAAAGACUGAAAUUUGCUCUUUAUAUACAGAUAUCUUGUAUAUAAGAUUCGUAAUAGACAAUGCUCAUAAACUAUUUUACUAAAAAUCCGUAUUAAUAGUAUAGAAAACUGACAUGGUCAAUGGCACAGGGUAAUUUGUCAUUAUUUGUAUAAAAUAUAUCUUACAAUUAUUAUGCCCCCUCUUCAAAGAAGAGGGGGUAUAUUGCUUUGCAUUUGUAUGUCCGUCGGUCCGUAGACCAAAUGGUUUUCGAGUAAUAACUAAAGAACCCUUAGGCCUAGGAACUUCAAACAUGGUAUGGUAAUUGGUCAUGACCAACUUGGUAUGGUGAUUGGUCAUGACCAGUAGAUGACCCCUAUUGAUUUUGGGGUCAAGGGGUUAAAGGUUAAGAUAAGAUUGACCUUGUAAGUAUAAACGGCUUCCGAUUAAUAACUAAAGAACGCUUAGGCCUAGAAACUUCAAACUUGGUAUGGAGAUUGGUCAUGACCAGCAGAUGACCCCUGUUGAUUUUGGGGCCAAGGGGUCAAAUGUCAAGGUCACAUUGACCGUGUAGGUAAAAACGGUUGCUGAUCAAUAACUUAAGAACGCUUAGGCCUAGGAACUUCAAACUAUGUAUGAUGAUUGGUCAUGACCAGCAGAUGACCCCUAUUAAUUUUGGGGUCAGGGGUCAAAGGUCAAGGUCACAUUGACCUUGUAGGUAAAAACGGUUUCCGAUCAAUAACUAAAGAACGCUUAGGCCUAGGAACUUCAAACUUGGUAUGGUGAUUGGUCAUGACCAGUAGAUGACCCCUAUUGAUUUUGGGGUCAAGGGGUCAAAGGUCAAGGUCGCAGAUGACGCAAGCUCAACAACUCAAGUUGCCUUGGUUGAUAUUUUUAUAUUAAAUUAAAAAUGCUUUAGGUAUACACAUUUGAAGGUCUUAUGUAAUAUAACAACUUGGCUGUCAUUAAUGAGGCCUGCAUGAUUCAUAACAUUUUUGCAUAUAUUAUUUGGUAAGAUUUGUAAUAACUUAAAUUGCUGCACACAACCUAUGGGGUCACAAUAAUUAUAACCUUGUGACUGGUCAUGACCAGUAGAUACUAGAUAACCCUUAUUAAUUUUUUAUCAUUGGGUCAGAAGUCAUGCAUAAUAACCUGAUCACAUGACUAAUUGGCUGCAGAUAGGGGCCGGGCAUACAUGUUUCACAAACAUAUCUUGUUAUAAUAAUUAUUCUUUAUGAUAUAAUGCACUUCCUACAAAUUUUUUUUAUGUCUUUUCAACACAUCAUUUCAUAUUCACUCUCAUUACCUCAUUAUUGAUAUAAUGUUAUCCAUUAACCUACAAUAACUAGUCAUUAAACUACACUAUAGUGAUGGGUUUCUUUUUCCCGCUCAUUAUUUAAUCGGCACGCAUGCGCAUAGCAGAUAGACAUGCAGUCGAUUACUUCUGAUUUUAUAAUGAAUUUGCUGUCUCUGUGUGUUUUACAGGUGUUUCACUUAUAUGAGUAAAUUGAAAUAAUAUUAUGUUCAUUCUUUAAUAUUUCAUUGAUCAUUUGUUUUCAGGAUUUGUGGUUUAUGUAUAUUUCUGGAGUUUAUAACAGGUAGAAAGUAUUCUGAAUAGAGUUGUUGGGGGGUUUUCAAAGCUAAUCAUUGAGUAUAAACAAACUUUUACAGUUUAAGCUUCAAAAUAAGCGCAACAAUAUAACGGUAAAAGUUUGUUCCGGUGAUUAGCUUGGAAAACCCCAUAUUUGUCGAGUUCCGGAUAACAUCUAUUUGUUGUAUUUCUUAUAUAUAAAUUUACUCUGUACAUAAUAACAUUCCAAAAACACAGGAAAGAAAUAACGACCCAUCAGUUGGUAUACGAUUGUCAAAUGUAAUGGGAUAUGACUCGUCUGCUAUAAAACAAAUUGAACUUGACGAAAUUCUGCAUUUUGGAAUUUCUGGCAAAUGGAGAGCAACAAAAACAGUAGUUGAUAAUCAGACUCGGUAUUAUUCAGAAUGUUCCUGGGAGAUACGUUCCUCAAGUACCCCCCCCCCCCCCCACUAGCAACGGCAUAAACGUUAUCCAGUUAUCAACAAUAGAACUAUUUAAUGAUGCUUUUAAUGUAUUUGUCUUAAUAAGCUACCUUAAUUCGUUUGAUAAAUGAUUAAUAUGGUUAAUAAAAAUUACAUACUUGUAUUAAAAGCUUCAUUGUUUUAAAUUGUUGCAUUGUUAAUUUCAUUAUGUUAUUUAGAAAUAGAUAUUAUAUCAUUAAGUGCUUUUAGCAAAAUGUUUCUUUUUUCGUUUUAUAUACAUGUACUUUGUACUAAAGUAUGUUAUAAUAUAUGUUUUUUUUUUAUUUUUGUUGACCGUUUGAAUGUAUGCAUAUAUAGAUAAUACGUACUGUGUACGAAUGGGUCCGAAUGUAUUUCAAAAUAAAAUCUUGUAAUAAAUA